CACAACAAUGAAAGCAACAAAAACAAUAUGAUUGUUGUUCAAAUUCACCGGAAAACGUAAAGGUGCCGUAAAUUUUCGAUUUAUAUUUGUUAAUAAACCAACUAUAAAGCAUUUAAUGUGAAGAUGACAACCGAUGAAAGUAUAAUGACGGAAAUGCUCGAUCGCGCAACGAAUCCGGCUAAAGAACAAGUCGAUGAGCUGGGAGUGCAAAUGUUCUGCAUUGUGGUGCGCAGCAAUGGGCAACUGGUGCACAAAGCGCAGGAAAUGAUUGUGGCCAAAGUGCGUUCCAGCAACGUAACCGAAGCGACUCGGGCAAUUGCGCUUCUGGAGGAAUGCAUGAUGCAGUGCGGCGAUGACUUCCAGGAUGAGGCAGCCAAGUUUCGCUUUCUCAACGAGCUGAUACGCUUGGUGUCCAAGAAAUAUUUGGGUGCGGAGACACCGCAUGUGGUUAAGCAACGGAUUAUGGAAUGCCUGCUGCUGUGGACGACCAAAUUCCCACAGCGCCUGAAGAUCCGGGAUGCCUACGAGAUGUUACGCAAGGAGGGGGAUAUCGAUCAUACCCAGACGGCGGCAGCGUUGGCCAAGCGGGAGAGUGUCCUCAGCACCAUAGAUGAGGCCAUGUUUGCCAAGUUGAUUAAGAGCAAGGAUCCGGAGAACUUUAAGCGCGCCAAUCUUCUGCUGCAAUACCGGAUGGCGCAGGAGGCGCGACGUAAUGAUCUUCUUGCCCAGCAUCGGAUUGUGCUGCAGGAGGUGCAGGAUACAAUGCAAUUGCUCAAUCAAAUGCUGGACAGCUACAAUCCCAGUGAUCACGACGUCAAUGAGACCAUCCAUGAGCUGUACAAGAGUUGUAAAAAGCAUAAGCCCAUUUUCCAGCACUUGCCCGAGCUGCUGGGCGAAUCCGAUUCUCAGCUAAUAGAGGACACGCUGGAGACAAAUGGCGGUCUGGUGGCCACCAUGACGCGCUACAAGCAACUGGUGCCUUCGCCCACCAAGCCAACAUCCUUAGCUCCUGCUCCAACUCCAGCAACAUCCUCAGCUUCCACCACAAGCGGUUCCAACAAUGCUGCACUGCUCAACGAGCUGUUGGGAGAUCUGUUGAUUGGGGAAAGUGGUGGUUCAACUGUUCCACAAUCCGCAAGCAAUCCAAACAUCACAUCAAAGCCUAAUGUCCUGGCGGAUCUUAGCGACAUCUUUAGCAGCGCUCUGGCGGAAAGCGAGGACAAACAGCAGCAGCUCAAAAGCUCGGAGCACUUUCCGAGCAGUGAGCUGCUGGAGCCACAAGUGCUGAGUCCUCAGAGGGACACCAAUGGCGCUAGUGGCGCCUCUGCUGAUGGCCUGGCCAAUGGCAACUCUGCGGAUGAUGCCAAAAAAGGCAUCAGUACUCGGAAAAUGCCACAGAUUGAUAUGUUGAGCGAGGAGCUGUUCCAGCAGAUACUUCCAGCACAGGAUCGCAUGGCCAGCUUCAAGCGUGAUCCUGAAAAGUUGACACUUAACGAUUUGGCACGCGAACGCAUGGAGGUGAAGCCACCAAAGCCAACCAAGUUGAUUCCUGACCCACUAGACGAUGUGCCAUUGUUGAGCUCGAUGCCCGUGCCAGAGCCCCAAUCUGCAAAGCAAAAGACAAAGGAGGAAAAGGAGGAGGAUCCUGUGGAGGCAACGACAGCGUUACCGACUCCGACUCCUACUGCCAUCCCCACAGCGGUCGUUAAGGAAACGAAGCAUCUGAGCGAGAUAAACAUCGAACUGGACAACAUCCAGGCAACGGGGGAGGAGCGUGUGGUGCUCGACGAUGAUGAUAUGCAUUUGAGCCUCAACUUCACCGAAGAUCGUCCCAGUCGCCAUGUGUCUGUUAUUGUGAUAUCGGCCCAAAACAAAAGCCGUCAGCUAGUCAAGGACUUUCAGUUUGAGGCGAGCGUCAAAAAGCCAUGCAAAGUGCGCCUGUUGCCGCCUACGGAUAACGCUAUGGCGGCUCAUAAGCCGUUCCGGCCAGCUAUACCCAUUAAUCAGGUGAUGCUGCUGUUGAAUCCAACGGGAAAUCCGGUCGACGUCACCUGCAUUGUCGGCUACAAGUUGGGCGACGAUCCUGAUCCCAUCAAGGAGUCAAUUGUGGCUAAAGGCAUUGCCUAUGUCGAAUAGUCCCAGUUCCAGUCUCAGUCCAAAUGUCAAUUCCGAAAAUUGUAUUUGAUUUUAUUUUUUCCCCAUUUGUUUGUUUCUACCAAAAAUGAGCGGUCCAGCAAAUAUUGUUUAUUCUGCCUCUUUAUCGCACCCAUUCGAGUAUUGUGCCCCCAAAUCCAAAUUAUUUAAUAUUGCGUAUUUAUAUAUGUAUACAAUGUAAAGUCUGUACUUAUGUUUAUUAUAUGCCUAUAAGGUUUUAUUAAAUCGCAUUUCCUCAUGUAUCCACAAA